UAAUGCUUUAUCAAAUCAAUAUAUAUUUGUUCCUCCUCUUUCUUCCUCAAAAUAUGAACUCCUCUGUCUCACACUCUCUCCCUGACGUCUCCAACCAACUACUAUCCUCAGCCCUUUUUGAGCUCCCUUCCAUUACCAAAAAGUUGUUCGUUUUGCUCUUGAAGGUGAUCUGGAUAUGACAAUGGUGGAUCGUAUAGUCGCUUAACCAUUCUUCGUAUCAUUGAUGACUCACCUUGUCCUGCCUUCAUUUACUCCUACCGAUUCGCGCUAUUUCUGUUUGUUUCUUGAUUUUACACCCUGUGGGUCCGUUUUAUUCUCUUAGUUGAAACUCGUUUUUGUUUUAGUCUUUUGCUUCAGUAUCAAAUCAGCGUCGCUUGCUUUUCCAGUACAUUGUAAUUCCUCUAUUCUCUCUGCGGGGUUUUCCAUGGAUAGCUAAAUUUCCAGGCGAGUAGCUAGUUUUUUAAGGGUAAUUAAUUAGUGCAGUUUGAGGGCGUUGAUGGAUGUUAAAGAGGGAGUUCGAGGUGAAAUACUUAUGUCAGAAAAGAGAGCCGCUCAUGGUGGAGAUGUGUUAAUAGCAAUCUCAAGUGAAGAAACUUCAAAUGCCAGUGUGGACACUAAAACCCCAAAAGGGCCUGCUUCAACAGACCGUGAAACUCUUACUCCUAGGCAAAGCAGACCAAAUUCACCAUUUAGGGAAUCGAGCAAUGGUGCGUUUGCAAAAUCAGUGCCAUUCAGCUGCCCCUCACCAGAGAUUUCAUGGUCUAGUCAGACCCAGAGAAAGCCCCCCAAAAUCCCCACUCCCAACGAAAACCUUACUAGAAGAAGAUCACUUGUAAGGUCAGUGUACUCAAAGCCUAAGUCCCGAUUUGGGGAGCAACCAUAUGGUAUUGAUUCUACCUUGCUUGAAGAGAAUGUUUCAACUUUGCAAGAACAGAUUGCCACGGCUUCUCCUCACAGGAAUUUACUUACUAGGGGGUCACCUAAUAACAAGUCUGCUUCUAGUGUUAUAACACCUAAAACACCAUUGAUGGCAUCUCCUGGAGGACCAGCAGAUGAGGAGGACGAGGAAGAGGUUUGGAAGAGGGUUGAAUCUAGUAAACAGAAGCAGCGUAGGAGAGUCGGAGCUAAGGCUGUGAUUGAGUGGGUUGCAUUUUUGUGCAUUCUGGGAUGUUUGAUUGCUAGCUUGACUGUUGAAAAAUUGGAAAAGACUACGAUUUGGAGCUUGGAGUUUUGGAAAUGGUGUGUUCUUGUCAUGGUGAUAUUUAGUGGAAUGUUGGUUACUAAUUGGUUUAUGCAUGUUAUUGUUUUCUUGAUUGAGAGGAACUUUUUGCUGAAAAAGAAGGUGCUUUAUUUUGUCCAUGGUUUGAAGAAGAGUGUUCAGGUGUUUAUUUGGAUAGCUUUGAUUCUUCUUGCAUGGGCAUUUUUAUUCAAUCGUGGAGUUGAACGAUCUAAAACUGCCACAAAGAUCUUAGGUUGCAUAACCGUGACUCUUAUGUCUCUUCUAAUUGGAUCUUUUCUGUGGUUGUUGAAGACUUUAUCGCUAAAGAUUUUAGCAUCUAAUUUCCAUGUUAGUAAUUUCUUUGAUAGAACUCAAGAAUCUAUCUUUCAUCAGUAUGUUCUGCAAACCCUUUCAGGGCCUCCACUUAUAGAGGAGGCUGAGAGAGUUGGGAGAUCACCUAGCAUGGGUCAGUUAAGCUUCAGGAGUACCAAAAAGGGAAAAGCAACAAAAGAGAAAAAAGUGAUUGAUAUGGCCAAGGUUCAUAAGAUGAAGCAAGGAAAGGUUUCUGCUUGGACGAUGAAGGUCUUGGUUGAUGCUGUAACAAGUUCAGGACUGUCUACAAUCUCCAAUACAUUGGAUGAAAGUUUUGCUGAUAGAGAGGUUGAGCAAUCUGACAAGGAGAUCACAAAUGAGAUGGAAGCGACUGCUGCUGCCUAUUACAUUUUCAGGAAUGUUGCCCAGCCUGGUUGCAAAUACAUUGACGAGGAGGACCUGUUAAGGUUCAUGAUCAAGGAAGAGGUGGAUCUUGUUUUUCCACUAUUUGAAGGAUAUGAGACUGGACGAGUUGACAGAAAAGCUCUAACUAACUGGGUGGUGAGGGUUUACAAUGGCCGGAAAGCGCUUGCACAUUCUUUAAAUGACACCAAAACAGCUGUUAAACAAUUGCACAAACUUGUGACAGGGAUCCUGGUCAUUCUGACCAUUGUUAUUUGGCUUCUAAUGAUGGAAAUCGCAACAACGAAAGUACUUGUUUUCCUCUCGUCACAGCUUGUAGCAGCAGCUUUUAUGUUUGGGAGCACCUGCAAGACCAUAUUUGAAGCUAUCAUAUUUGUAUUUGUGAUGCAUCCAUUUGAUGUUGGUGAUCGUUGUGUUGUUGAUGGCAUUCCAAUGCUGGUUGAAGAAAUGAACAUCUUAAAUACUGUGUUUCUGAAGCUUGAUAAUGAAAAGAUAUACUAUCCAAAUUCAGUUUUGGCUACCAAGCCUAUUAGCAAUUACUUCAGAAGCCCAGAUAUGGGUGAUUCUGUGGAAUUUGCAAUUGAUUUUGCAACACCAGUCGAGAAGAUUGGAUUUCUGAAAGAUAAAAUUAAGAAGCACUUGGAGAAGACUCCCCAUCACUGGCAUCCUAACCACAAUGUUGUGGUGAAGGAAAUUGAGAAUGUGAACAAGUUAAAGAUGGCUCUCUAUUGUACUCACACGAUGAACUUCCAAGAAUAUGGAGAGAAAAACAAGCGGAAGUCGGAACUGGUUAUUGAAAUAAAGAAAAUUUUCGAAGAGUUAAAUAUAAAAUACUAUCUGCUUCCCCAGCAAGUUCACCUCAACCCUAUUGGGUCUGAAUCAACGCACGUGACCAACAAAUGAUUGUCACUAUCUUUGAUAAUCUUUGAACAUGUAAUUCACGGCCUUGGACUGAUGCUGCAAAGAGAUAAAGAUGACCUUUUUUAUUUAUCCCGAAGGAGGAAAGCAGUUUCUGUCCAGAACUAGAGCUGCCUGUUACAUUUUUGACUUGACCAAAGAUGAACUAUAUCCACGCUAGUGCAAUGGACUUCUUUUUAGAUGCUGUGCUGUUUAUUGGUUUUAAACCGCAUGAUAUAUGAUAUAUUUAACUCGUGCUUCAAGGGUGUCGGCAAAAUAUUAUACCAGUAGGAAUAAUGACGUCCCUACACUUUUGAUUCCUUGGCGAUGUUGGAUUAGCUUUUGGAAAUUACUUGCUCUGAAUCCACUGAAUGUGAAAUAUGGAUCAACUGUAAGAUUGUCGAAACUCUUGCAACCCUCAUCCUGCUAUCUGGGAAAGAAAUUGAGGACUGCUGUUGCAAUUAGUACUGUGCUUUACCCAGAACUCUCCUCUUGAAAGAACUGGGGUCUUGUGUUGCUGUGAAA